UGUGCGGCGGUGAAGCGCCAGGCCGGUAAACAGCGCCCGGCCGAGGCGAUGGCGGCGGGCGGGCUGGCGGGGCUCCUGCCCGCCCAGACACAGCUCGAGUACGCGCUGCUCGACGCUGACACUGCCCAGGAGAAGGAGAACCUGGUCUACCAGUACCUGAAGAAAAUGGACAGCCGCGAGCGGGACCUGACGGUGCCCGAGCUCGGCGGAGAUCUGCAAUGGUUAAACACUGAAGGUCCAAUUUCUCUUCACAAAGAUCUUUGUGGAAAAGUUGUGGUGUUGGAUUUCUUCACCUACUGCUGCAUCAAUUGUUUGCACCUGCUGCCUGACCUCCAUGCCUUAGAGCACCAGUACUCUGAUAAAGAUGGUCUUGUUAUUGUUGGCAUCCAUUCAGCGAAAUUCCCAAAUGAAAAAGUUCUGGAUAACAUUAAAAGUGCUGUUCUGAGGUACAAUAUUGUUCACCCUGUAGUAAAUGAUGCAGAUGCAACGCUGUGGCAUGAACUAGAAGUGUCCUGCUGGCCAACUCUGGUCAUUCUUGGGCCUCGUGGAAAUAUGCUGUUUUCUCUUGUUGGAGAGGGACACAGAGAGAAAUUGUUUUUAUUCACUUCUAUAACACUGAAAUUCUACAAGGAAAGAGGACAAAUCAAAGAUAACAACAUUGGGAUAAAGCUGUACAGAGACUCCCUUCCACCUUCUCCUCUGCUGUUUCCUGGCAAAGUGACUGUGGACGAUUCAGGAGAAAGGUUGGUCAUAGCAGACACUGGACAUCACAGGAUUUUGGUUACUCGUAAAAAUGGACAAAUUCUACACACUAUUGGAGGUCCAAACAGUGGAAGGAGAGAUGGAGGAUUUUCAGAGGCAGCUUUCAACUCACCACAAGGGAUCGCUAUAAAAAAUAAUGUUAUUUAUGUAGCUGAUACAGAAAAUCACCUAAUUAGAAAGAUUGACCUGGAGCUGCAGAUGGUGACCACUGUAGCAGGCAUUGGGGUACAAGGUGUUGAUAAGGAAGGUGGAGCAAAAGGAGAAGAACAGCCCAUCAGCUCUCCAUGGGAUGUGAUCUUUGGAAGUUCAAUUUCAGGCACACAGGAAGAUGAUGUGCUAUGGAUAGCGAUGGCAGGCAUUCACCAGAUAUGGGCGCUGAUGUUGGAAGGUGGAAAACUACCAAAGGGAAGUGACUUAAAGAAAGGAGUCUGCCUUCGCUUUGCUGGCAGUGGGAAUGAGGAGAACAGGAACAACGCCUACCCACACAAGGCAGGGUUUGCCCAGCCCUCGGGGCUCUCCCUGGCCCCAGAGGAGCCCUGGAACUGCCUGUUCGUGGCCGACAGCGAGAGCAGCACCGUGCGAACCAUCUCGCUCAAGGACGGGGCCGUGAAACACCUUGUAGGAGGAGAGAGAGACCCUUUGAAUUUGUUUGCUUUUGGUGAUGUGGAUGGAGCAGGCAUAAAUGCAAAGCUGCAGCAUCCCUUGGGAGUAACAUGGGACAAGAAAAGAAAGCUGCUCUAUGUGGCAGAUUCCUAUAAUCAUAAGAUUAAGGUUGUGGAUCCCAAGAUGAAGAACUGUGCUACCCUGGCAGGCACAGGAGAAGCAGGCAAUGUUGUUGGUUCCAGCUUUACCCAGUCAGCUUUCAAUGAACCGGGAGGUUUGUGCGUUGAAGAAAGCGGCCGCCUGAUGUAUGUUGCAGACACAAAUAAUCAUCAGAUUAAAGUGCUGGAUUUGGAAACAAAAAUUCUUUCCAUGUUGCCUAUCCUGAAGCCAGAAGCAUGUGAUGUUCCAGAUAACUUGCCUGUGCAAAAGGAUAAAAUAGCAAACCUUCCAAGACUGCCUAAAUCUGCACCAAAUAUUCAACUUCCUUCACUGACUGUUGCUCCCGGCCAGACAAUUCAGUUUUUAUUAAAGCUAACUCUUCCUCCAGAUUCAAAACUGAAUGAAGAAGCUCCCAGUGCCUGGUUUAUCACAGCAGAAGAUAACACCUGGUUGCUGCAAGGACAGUGUCUGACAGGAGAAAUAAAGGAUGUUUCCUGUCAAACUGUCAUUCCCUUUCAGUUGCCUGGGAGCUGUGUGUCAGCUGAAGCCACCCUGGCCAUCAAAGCGUGCCUCUACUACUGCAGCAAAGGUAGCAGUGCCUGUAUGAUGGCAGGAGUCUCGUUCAGCCAGCCCUUGCAGGUCACUGGCACAGACCGAGGCAGCUCCGCUCAAGUGGAACUGACACACACCUUUGUAACCAACUAACACGAAGCCAGCUGAUUUCACACUUCAUUUUGCUACCCACCAUUUCUGUGGGAGAAAGUACAAAUAGAUAACUUCUCUCUCUUUCUUCCUGGAGCUUAUGACAAAGCUAAGAAAUAAUAUGCUUGGUAAAACGAAGUAGUUUUCCCUACAGUCUAACGGGAAAAUUUAUCAUCACAACCUCAUUUCUCUACAUUACAGUAGCAGCAAUAACUUUGUAAUACUGUAGACUCUGUUGCCAGUUGUGAACAUACUGGAUGUCUGCCGGUCGUAAGAAGUGGGCAACAAUUUUUAGAGUCCAUUUGAAAGAGCUGGUGUUACUUUGUGAUGUUACUGUAAGAUCUUUGCACUGUAAAUAGGGUUAGAGGAGAUCAUUUUGGACUAACACUUCAAAAUUCCUUUUGUGCCCUUACUACAUUUUAAUAGAAUGUCAAAAGGAAGUUUCUUUCUCUACUCUAUAAAAGUAUCUUGCUUAUUCUUCUGUAAUGACGCUUAUGACACGUGUAUUUUGGAAAUACACCUUAAGCUAGGUGCAGCUCUAGUUUUAUGCAAACUGAGUAUUUUGCUUUAACUCAACAUGACCGCCUUACAUGAAGAGCAAAGGUUCAUCUGUGAAAGGAAGCAUUCAAGUUCCUGCAGAAGAAUUUCAUGCUGAUUUUUAACAAAGAAUGUGCCUCUCUGCAAUGUCUAUAUGUAUAUAAAAUAACCACCACACAGCCAUGCUGGAGCCUCUCUGAUACAUACCGAUUUGCAUUUUAUAGAAAGUGGUAGGUAAUGGUUGAAUAUCUGCACUGCAAAAAUUAAAUGUCAACCAUUUCAAGCAGGGUGAUUCACUCCCAUUUUUAUGAUUUCUCUGCAAAGACUAUUCUGAAGACUUCUGUCUUGCAUAUACGUAAUAUUACGAAGAAUAUUACACUCUUGAAGUCUGAUUCAGAAUCUUUUGAAGUCACUGUUAGUCCUUGGAUUUGUUAAGUGGCCACUGAACCAGAACUGUAUACUUGAUAAUGGAUUAUUUACAUUCAUGUUUAGAGCUUCUGAUCUUUUGCUAGAACACUGGUAACCUAAUCUUUGAGUAAAAUGCUUUAAAACUCUAUUGCAAAACUCUGCCCUUGGUGGUUAAGUGUUUUGCAAAUAAAAUUCCCUCUAUUUGCCAUAAUAAGUAGGGACAGGGUGAAGUGGAGGUGCAAGUUUAUUACUUGAACUGGAAGAGUUUCCAUCAUGCUUAAGUGCUAAUUGGGUUAGGCCCUGUGCUCUGGUCAUGAUGAUCAGUUCUGAAGAUUAUUUUGUUUUAAGUUGAGAGAUAGUAUUAUCACACAUAUUCUAAAGUGCAGUAGUGAAAGAAUUUUUUUAUAGUCUUUCCUAAAACAAUUACUCCUGAUGUCUGUCAGUAAAUCCCCACUAUCAGUUGUUGUUGCUUUUUCUGACUUAAAGGCUGACUGAAAUGUUGGUCACGAACCCAAGAGGCUUUUGUUUAAGGGAUCCAUGUAGACUGGUGUGGUUCUUCCUUCCAUUGAAAUGCCAGUCUAUCUGAGAGUUCUUUGUGGCACUAGAAAUGUGGUUGUUAUCUCACCUGUCAGCAAAGCAAGGGCUGAAAUGUUAUUUUUCUUAACAUUUGGUUUUUAAGCAACUUUUCUAAUUCACUGUUUCAGCUCCUUUGGGUAAGCCUCUCAAUUCUCACAUGCCACUUUGAAGAAUGAAAAAGCUUUCCUACUUUGUUCACAGAUGACAAAUGCUGUUGGAAGGAUGAAGAUAAAGAAACUGAUUUGGGCAUUCAUUGUUUUUUAGAAUUUAGUAAAACUCAGUCUUUCACAAUUUUUUGUUUAUCUCUUUACCUUUGGAGAGUACUCAGGAAACCUUCAAUCAGCUUGUAGAUAGCCUGCAGAUUUUCUGUUGCUCUCUGGAAAGAGCAAGCAUUAGGUUCAGAAGUACAAAAUAACAAACCAAAUGGUCACAAUUACCUUGAACAUGUAAUAAACCAGAUGGAACUUUUCUCUCUCAUUUUGUCCUAUCGUAGAAUGGUUUGGGUUGGAAGGGAGAGACCAUCUGAGAGACCAUCCAACCCCUGCCAUGGACAGGGACACCUUCCACUAGGGCAGAUUACUGAGCUGCACCCAGCCUGAUUGUGGACACUUUCAGGGUCAGUUGGCAUCCCCAACUUCUCUGGGCAGCCUGUGCCAGUGUCUGACCAUCCUCACAGUAAAGAAUUUCUUCCCAAUAUCCAGUCUAAAUCUGCCUUCUUUCAGCUUAAAGCCAUUCCCCCAGUCCUAUCCCUACAUGCCCUUGUCAAGUCUCUGUCCAGCUCCUGUAGCUCCUUCAGGUGCUGAGAGGUGCUCAAAGGUCUCUCCAGUCUUCUCCAAGCUGAACAACCCCAAUUAAAAUUUUCAGCUAGAAUGUCAUUAUAUUUUUCUAUUUCAAUUGGAUCAGGUCAUGCUUGUAUUCCAAUAUUUAAAAGAAAAAAAAAUCACAAAUCUGUUUUUUUAUUGACACUUUCAAUUAAUGUAUUGCUGUAGGAGAAAGACUGUAUUCCUCACUUUAUUUAACUAUAGUAUAUAAUGUUUAAUUGCAAUACUGUAGUUAUAUUUUCAUUCUAAGUGUUCUCUCCUUGCUCAGUCUCCGUGUUCACUGAUUGGCCUUUAAUCCUGUAGUCUAACAUAAAGUUUUGUUUGUCCAAGGGAUAGGGAUGCACAUUCCCAGAGUCACUAUUUUUGUUUCACUUGUAGUGUACAGGUAUUCAAAUGUUCUGUGAUUAGAAAAGCACAGAUUUUUUUAGAGCUUAUGAUAUUUAGGGAUUCUAUUUCCAUUUCUUCCUCCAGGGUUUACAAGCUGCUCUUAGUAAAGCAACAAGUGCCAUAAAUUCCACCAGACAGGCAAACUGAAUAGCAUGUACAAGCUACAAGAAAUUCAAGUACCAGAAAGUACUUCCAAAUAGGAUGCAGAAAAAUAGGAAAUGUUACUGUCCUGUAAAAAAAAAUAAAUCAGAUAUAUUGAUGACUGCUACCUCUUUGUAUGGGAACUAAGUUUUUUGGUGUUCCCUGAUAUAAAAAUUCUGAGCAGAUUGGAAUGGCUCAGCACUCGCAGAUUUGUGUCUCACAGUAAAAUUUUGUAAUUCAGGGCCUUUUCCAAACAUGACUUUUUUCUGGCUUUUACAGGUUUUGCAGCAGACCUUAAUAAAGCAUUAAAAGACUAUAGCAAGUCUCUAAAGAGAAUUGGUCAUGGUUGAUUUGUAUAAUGGGAACAAGUUCAGUGGCAUUUUAAGUUUUUAGUUGAGGUGUUUGCAUUUCUGGGACAGCUUUUGGUUUUGAAUGGAUGUAUUAUUAGUUCCAUGAGAUGUUUUUAGUAAUUUUAUUCAAUUGCAGUAUAAUAUUUUUUAUUAGGCUAGAAAAAAGAGAAUGUGUUUUUGAAGAGGGAGGAUAAUCUGUUUUAAUAGCUCUUUCAUGUUGUUUGAAUUCAGUAAUAUCUUUCUGUAGUUUGCUCCCUUCUGUUAAAGGAAGGGUAGGGAUAUGAUGACUGUGUAAACCUGUUGAUGGGCACAUAUUUUAUGCAUAUAUUUUUAGUUGAUUUCUUUUUGUGUUAGAUUCUUGCAUCCUUUUUAGCUUUUCUGUUGGACGCAGUUCACAGUUUGUGUUUGCCCUCUCAUAUCUUCCACCUGUAGAGCACUAUAAUGUUUGUAUAAUGCUGUGGUAGUGUGGUACCAAGCAAGUACAGACCAGGCAAGUAAUACGUGAGGAAGUAGUUUUAUAGCAUCAGGUAAAUGCCUUAUCUGCUUAUCGUGAGAAAAGGUGCAUAUGGCUUCCAGUAUACUGUAUAUAUUCUUAAUGCACUGAUUUUAUUUCAGUAGGAAAAUAUUGUAGCUGAAACCAUGGGUAAAAUUGUUUUGUUGAGAGAACAUCAAGAAAAAUAUAUUCCUUACCUCUUGCUCAGAGGAGGGGGAUGAUGAAAAUGAAGAAAGUUUCCUUCUUAUGUAGGGCCAUGUCCUUUUGUUCCUUUAAUUAUUGACUAUUUAUUUUAGCAAAGUUAGAGGCAUUAUUGACUACAAAUUGUCUUGAAUUUCUGAUUCCUAGCAAGGUUUUCUACUUACAUGGAAGCUUUAAAUGUCUGACUUUGUAGAGUUAUGAGUGACAGAUCUUGUUGUAAAUGGUUUUAGUUUAGCAGACGAUAGCAGAAAUUUCUGUACAUUCUUAAGAUCAGUAAUCUUUUAAAAUCACUGGUAUUCAUUGACUUACCUCAAAGACACGUUGAGGCUACACUCUCACAUUAGUGUGAACUCAAAAUUAAGUUUUCUUUCUUGCAAGAAGGUGUGAGAUGUGCUGUGACACAUUGUGUUCUCCAGGCUGCAGUUGUGCUACCUAAGGAGAAUUUUCCACACACAGCAGCUCAUCAGUCACCCCAGUAAUUCUCCACUGAAAUCUUCCAGGUCACUUGCUUAUAUAAUCAACUAAUAUUACUGAUUUAUGUUAGCAAACAUUUAAUACUCAGAAUUUAUCAUUACAAUUUUCAUUGAAGUUGGUUUGUCAGGGAUUAGAGGAGCUUCUCUGUCCCAAGCAAACAAAGUAUGGGAACGGUGACAAGUAAUUGGAGAUAAUGUUUGUAAAUGAGAGACCUCGUUAUUUUUUAAUUAAAUCACAACAUCUUGUGAUUUAAUGUUUUUAAACAUAUAACAUCAAUGUUUUUGCAUUCAACAAGAGAUCAUUAAUUUAGAAACAAUAUUCUAAUAGUCUACAAUAUUCUAAUAUUUUACAUUCCAUUAUGUUCAUGUAACCAAAUUUGAGUACUGUCUUCCAUUAGAAGCGGCUGAUCUGUAUUUUAUAGUUUCUGUACUCUAAUAGAUAGUCACUGCUCUCAUUUAGGAUUAGGAUUCAUUCCUGUUCAGGACUCAUCACACCUACGAUUGAGUUUCCAAAUUUAUCUUUGUUUCUUUGUCACACAGUUAUAGGGGGGGUUGGUUAGGUUUUUGGGUCUGUCCUUUCCUGCUGUAGUUUCCGCAGUGAAAUGCAGCCCAUAUCUCAUUACUGUGGAGGGAUCCAAGUAGGAAGGAUAAUUCCCUCCACCAGCUCCUUGCCCCUCCCCUGCUUCAGGGAUGGGGAUGUAAACAGCAAGUAAUUCUAGAUAACAUUAGAACAAGAUGAUGUCCUCAGGUUAGCUUAAUCAAGCUUUGCACUGAUGCAGCUACUGUCAGAAGUUUUACCUUUACCUCUGGCGCUGUCCACUGAGGUCUUGAAGUUGUUUGUAGCUGUCCCAGGGUAUCCCAUCAAACUUGAGCAGGGAUUCUGAUGGCUCUUGGUUUCAGGAAACUUCGAUGCUAGAGAUUAAAUACUUUAGCUGCUAUAGGUUAAAAUACUUUAGCUAUUAUGUAAUUUGCUGUCUUGUUGCAGGUUGUUUAAUUAUUGUCAGGUAAUGCACUCCUGCUGCAGAUGAGAAGCUGGAAGCCUUGGGCGUGAGUUGAGGAAUGUGUGUGUAGCUAUAAUUAAAUAUUGCUUAGUUUACCUCUUUGGUGGUCCAUUACUUUCAAGCGUACCAGGGAACUCUGUCCAAUUGCAGGCUCUAGGGCUAAGCAAAGGAAUUGCAAGUAUUCUUUAAGUCUUGCCUAGUUCCUUUGAAACACUGACAAUUUUGAGCUUAAGAAAUCCUGUUUAAAGAAAACCUGUUCAUACAUCUGCCUUAACGUAAUGCUCUGUACUCAGCAUGCCUCAGAAGAGAGAUAUUCCACACUAUAUUCUUUCCUAUUUUGACGAAGGAUUGAGAAAUUCAACCCAUCUGGUCAUUGUCAGACUUCAUAGAAAGCAAAACAGCAAUUCCCAAAUUAAUUUUACACCCAUUAAAAAAACCCAAAAAAACAUAAGAGCCCAUUUUCCAAGCUUUUGGUUAAACUGAAAUACCAGGUUUGAACCAUAUAUUCAAGGAAUCUGUCCUGAGAAUUGCAUGAAUCAGAUUUCCAAAUCUGGUUUUUAAAAAUGAAUUGAUAGUGAAGUGGAGAAACAAAUUGCUAAAUGUUUUAUCUCUUGAAUAUUUAACUUCAGAAGUGUCCCAUUUUCACUUUCAAAAUAGCAUUAGAACAACUAAAACAUUCUCCUCUCUGUCGUUAUCAUUGAUGUACCAUUAAUCAUUGUCUCUUUAAACCUGUGAUGGAUCAAUGUGAUUUUUUAAGAAAAUCAAUAAAGAAAAAGAAGGUAGUUGUUAAACAGUGACUGAGUGAAAUCCAGGUGCUCCAAGAUUAGUGGCAAAUUUCUUUAGGGCCAAGAGUUUGGCCCAAGGUGACAGAAAUUCUGUGUUUUUAUUACAUCUUGAUGCCUGAAGGAAAAAAUCAGUGCCUUUUGUAACAAUACUUGAAAGUGUUUCUUUAAGAAAUACUGGAGUACUGAUUGAAAUAAGGUUCCUUCCUAAGGACUUUCAUGGUUUGCAAGCUUCAGAGGGAUUUAAUUCUACUAAUUCUGAAACUGUGAAGAGUUUUCCUUCUCUGUCAUGUUAUUGAAUUAAUUUGAAAUUAAGGUGCUUAUUUGUCAAACUCCUUUUCUUACAAAACCCUUCAAAACGCAGUUGUGUCUCCAUCUUGUGAGCUUGCUUCUGAAACUAUUGUUACCUCUUUUGUACACUCUAGAACAAACAUGGCAGGGAGACUUCAAACAGCUUGCUGAAAUUUGGGUUUGAGUGAGAUGGAAAGCAAAACAUGCACUGAUCUAAAGAGGCAAAGGUGAUGCCUCUUGGUUUUCGAGGGGUGGAGGGUUGGUCUUUGGUUUGGAGUUGUUUUCAUCUGUUCUACAGGUCAGCAAGGAUGCUUUACACAGCAGAAGGUUGUGUGUAGGGGCAGCCAAGAAGGGUCAGGUUAUCUCACUGUGAAAACAUGUGACUUCAUUUAGGAUCUGCUGCUGGGAUAUCUGAAAACCCCAGCAGUAUAAUGCUAGUGAGGAAAUUCGCAUUUGAGCACUUAUCACCUUGAAUGUCUCCAGGUGGUUUAAGGAGAAAGAUAGGAAUUUCGUUUUCUUCCAUGAGAAUUUCAGUGUUGCUUUGUAGGCAUUGGAAAAUUUUGUCUGUUCUUUGAGACACUAAACCUUUAUUUCUCCAUUACAUUUGAUGCAAAGCCUUUCACAUAUCUGAUUAUUUUAAAAAUGAGGUUUACAUUUGUUGUUACAAAAUAUGAGAAGAAUUAAAAUGAAAGCACUUCAUCUGCAGCUGAUCUGGGUCAUGUAAAUUCUUCACAGUGUUGCCUAACAGUGUUCUUAACAAUAUUCAUAGAUGAUGAUCCUUUUUUAAAUAAAGGGUAAAUGUCCUGUAAUAUUAUGAGAACAAAUAAAUACACUGUAGAAGAAAUGUCAGCCUUGGCUAUCAAACCAACAGAUAAACAGUGAUUAAAGAAUGUACGCUUUCUCCUGUGCAGCCUCUUUCUCCUUGUAAAGCUUUUUCAUGGAAAAAUAAACAUUAAAA